UCCACACCAGUCCUUCCCAGCUGUCCUUGGCCGCACGUCUGUAGCUUGGCCCGGUCCGUUGCUGCCUGGGCCCCAGAUGGCCCUGCCUGUGUCUCCAUGUGCUUCCCGCUGCCCUGGGGUCCCCAGUCCAGACUGAUGGGUAGCUCCGGCCCACACAUACCUCAUGACCCAGGGAACAUAGGACCAUGGCCCCCCAGGCUGCCUACAAAAUAGCUGUCAGGUGAGUCCUCUGCGUAGGCCUGGGUUCUGCCUCCUACUCAGAUGACUGCUGCGGCCAGAUGAGCCCCAUCUGGGGAUCUUCCAGCCAGAACCUUAACGUGUCAGAGAAAAGUAGGCCUGCCCCCGGAUUUGAAGCCAGCGUGGGGCAUGAUCCCCCUGCAGGUUCCCCAGGCUCAGACCUUUGGCUCCAGCCCUCUGGGUGGAAGCAUCCCUUCCUCCUAAUUUCUGGAAAGAGGCUGUGGGGAAGGGAGCCCCAGGACAGAGACUGGCCACGAUCCCUGUUCAGCGCAGGUCCCUUUGCCCACCGACUGUCCUCCUGAGUGAGUUGGGCAGAUGAGCCAACAGAAUGGGCAGCAGAGUUGCCGCUUUGUGUUGAGCCUCUGCUGGUCAGCCACGAAAGGAGAGAAAGAACCCCUCCAUUGUGUAGCAGGUUCCUCCAGCCUUCCCUCAACAGCCGCCUUCCAGAGGGUGCAAGGGGCGGGGUCUGAGGGCGGCAUGGUACCUGCGUCUUGCAGGUGUGAUUCCUCCAAUGGUCACGUCCCAUGUGACACACGUAUGGGCCCGGGACCUUCCCUGGGCCCCUUCUAGCCGGGCAUACCCGUUCUUGCCUGCGUGAACAGAACCUAACCCCGUGUGUGCAGGGGGUCUCCUGGGGGUCCGCUCCCUGCCAGCUCUGGGCCUGCGAGUGAGCGUGCGUGCCCUGUGUCUGUCUGCCUGGGCGUCCCAUGUUGGUUGCCAGUGGGAAAUGCUUAGGGGCAAGGUGGAGUUGGGUCGCCUGGCUUCGGGCUGGAGGUGUCCCUGCCAUGGUCCCUCUUCCUUACUGGGGACAGGGGCCCUGGCCACUGCACAGGGGUGGGCCGGGCGGGGCGGCAGGCGUUGUCCUCUGAGCGACACCCUCCCCCCCAGGUGAUCCGCAGGGGCUGGCUGACCAUCAACAACAUCAGCCUGAUGAAGGGCGGCUCCAAGGAGUACUGGUUUGUGCUGACCGCGGAGUCUCUAUCCUGGUACAAAGAUGAGGAGGAGAAGGAGAAGAAGUACAUGCUGCCUCUGGACAACCUUAAAAUCCGCGAUGUGGAGAAAGGCUUCAUGUCCAACAAGCAUGUCUUCGCCAUCUUCAACACGGAGCAGAGGAACGUCUACAAGGACCUUCGGCAGAUUGAGUUGGCCUGUGACUCCCAGGAGGACGUGGACAGCUGGAAGGCCUCGUUCCUCCGAGCCGGGGUCUACCCCGAGAAGGACCAGGCAGAAAAUGAGGAUGGAGUCCAGGAGAACACUUUCUCCAUGGACCCGCAACUCGAGCGGCAGGUGGAGACCAUCCGCAACCUGGUGGACUCCUAUGUGGCCAUCAUCAACAAGUCCAUCCGCGACCUCAUGCCAAAGACCAUCAUGCACCUCAUGAUCAACAAUACCCCACCGGAAGAGAUGUACCUUCCAAGCUGA